AUGUCUCCACGCAACGAUAUGUACCUCUCCCUUUGCCUCGCUCAGGCCGAACUCUCUCCCCUUCACUACCGCCACGGCUCGAUCAUCGUCCGUGGUGGGAAGGUGAUUGGCCAGGGUUUCAACAACUAUCGUCCUGGGUUCGAUGGUGGCGCUCUCAAAUCUGGCGUUCUCCUCGAUGGUCCCGCCAUUGCUGAGCUGAAGCAGCGUUUGAAGUCUAAGCCAAAGUCAAAGAAUAAGCCGGACCAUCAGCAGGACGAUGCCACAUUUACGCCAUUUGAGUCUUCGGGUUGCGGUCCUCACGCAAACGUGAACCUCUCCAUGCAUUCGGAGAUGAUGGCUAUCCGCUCCGCUCUCUCGCUCUCGUCGGGCACCUUGUCCUCUCAAACCUCGGCUCGCUCAGCGAAGUGCUUCGAAAAACCGUGCUUCAAGUUACCGGGUGAUUCUAAAAAACGAAAAGCCCGAGCACGCGGUCUCAAAGCCUACGCAGCAGCAGUCACCAAGAAGAACGACAACAAGUCCAACAUCAAGGAGGAGGACAACGAGUUUCAGAAGGAGAUGGUGAUGGUGAACGUGGCCUUGAACACAUGGAAAAGCGCCGAGAAACACCGACCAAAGAAGAAGUAUGGGUAUCACUAUCAGACUGGGUAUCAGUACGAGGCGGAUCACUAUCAAAAGCCUCAACACAAGCCCUAUCAACAUAAGUGCGGUUCAGAGCCGCAACUGUCCAAAGUCAGUGUAAAGAAUUUACGAACUCCAGAUACGCCAUCAACUCGCAGCGAUGAUGACUCACCUCCCAAGAAACCGCCUCUAGCCCCUCCAAAGCCACAACAAAUCCUCAUCACCAAGAAGAACUCUCUUAACACCAAAGCUGACGUGAAGGAACGCACCAAGGACUUCCGUCUAAAGGGUUCUGAUCUCUACGUUGCCAGGCUCGGGACCUGCCAAGUUACUCCUCCCAUGGACCCAAAGCCGCAUACGUCCACUCCUCCAACUCCAACUCUCUCACCAAAAUCCGAGCCCGCAUCUCUCUACGACGAGCUCACAUCUAUCUCCCGCACUCCAUCUCCCUCAACAUCUCCGCCCAACCCACCACCCAUGGCAACGCCCGAGGUCCGUGCCUCUCGUCCCUGUUACAGAUGCGUGAGUGCUAUGCACGCCGUGGGCAUCAAGCGAGUCUUCUGGACGAACGCAGAUGGGGGGUGGGAGGGCGCGAAGGUUCGAGAUCUGGUUGAGGCGCUGGAGAAUGGCAUUGAGAGUGAUGGGGAUGGUCCUGGGACGGGGCAGGAGAAUAAGGGGGUGUUUGUUACGAAGCAUGAGGUCCUGAUGUUGAAAAGAAUUAUGGGGUUUUAAGUUGCUGCGAGGGGACUGGAGUAGGGAAGUGGUUUGAGUUUUCAAUUUCGAUGUUCCGCAAAGGAGAGAGUGCGAGACGUUCCAAUUCAUUUUCAUUCCUGCUCUGCUGUCCCAAAUCCAGACAUCUUCCAAGAGGAAUGUCCCACUACCUUCUGUAUAACGCCUGGUUGAAGAUACAUUUCCCAUUCUUUAUCUUGCGCUCCCAGAGUCCACAUCCCCAGAGGUCCGAUUAUCUGGAACAUCACCGUUUAAUGUCCU